UUAUAAAGUAGUCUGAACAGAAGUCUUGAUUGAGAGUAAGCCACGCCGCUAUCGGGGGUUGGGAGAAACAUUCAGCAUACGGGGACUGCUCAGAUUAACUAGGUACAGGGCAAGCACUAUAAAGGAGGCACAUGAUCAAAGAGAGUGUUUGCAAGAAGCCAGCUUAGUCAAUUUGGAGAUAUGGCGACAAAACCAGGCAUUCUCAGUGAAUGGCCCUGGAGGGGUCUUGGCAACUUCAAGUACGUGGUAUUGGCACCAUUUGUGGCUCAUAGCAUAUACUCCUACAUAGCUAAAGAUGAGAAGAGCACUGCCAACAUUCUCAUGAUCCCUUAUAUCCUAUGGAGGCUCUUUCACAGCGAGAUAUGGAUUGCUUACUCUCGGUACCGCACAGCCAAAGGCACUCACAGGAUCAUAGAUAAAAGUAUUGAUUAUGAACAAGUUGACAGGGAAAGAGAUUGGGACGACCAGGUGGUUCUCAAUGGACUCCUGUUCUACAUAGGAACCCUGACAAUUCCAGUGGUUAAAAACAUGCCGGUAUGGAACACAGAAGGGGUGAUUCUUACCAUUUUGCUGCAUACGGGUCCGGUGGAAUUCCUCUACUACUGGUUCCACAGGGCGUUGCACCACCAUUUCCUUUACUCCCGCUACCACUCUCAUCAUCAUUCCUCCAUAGCCACUGAGCCCAUCACCUCUGUGGCUCAUCCAUUUGUGGAGAACCUGGUAUAUUUCGCGCUCUUCACAAUUCCAUUGGUGGGAAUGAUGGUGACGAGGACAAAUUCUGUGAUCGGGUUUGCGGGUUAUGUGACCUACAUUGAUUUCAUGAACAACAUGGGACACUGCAACUUUGAGCUCAUACCAAAGUGGCUCUUCACUGUUUUCCCCCCUCUCAAGUAUCUCAUGUAUACACCCUCGUUUCACUCUCUGCAUCACACCCAAUUCCGAACCAACUACUCGCUUUUCAUGCCAAUGUAUGAUUACAUCUAUGGCACCACCGACAAAUCUUCAGAUGCAGUAUAUGAAGCUUCACUACAGAAACAGGAAGAAUCACCAGAUGCAGUGCAUCUAACACAUCUAACAACCCCAGAGUCCAUUUAUCAUCUGAGGCUAGGAUUUCCCUCUCUGGCCUCCAAGCCCCAAACAUCCAAAUGGUACUUCUGGGUAAUGUGGCCUCUCACAUGUUGGUCCAUGGUGAUAACUUGGAUCUAUGGUCGGACAUUCAUCAUCGAAAGGAACUACUUCAAAAAACAAAAAUUGCAGACCUGGGUGAUACCCAGAUACAAUGUGCAAUACUUGUCACAAAGGCAAAAUGAAUCUAUCAGUGGUUUAAUUGAGGAUGCCAUACUGGAUGCAGAUGAGAAGGGAGUUAAAGUUAUAAGUUUAGGUCUUAUGAACCAGGGAGAGGAGCUUAAUAGAUAUGGUGAGCUGUAUGUCCGAAGGCACCCCAAGCUUCAAAUAAAGGUGGUGGAUGGAAGUAGCUUGGCAGUUGCUGUUGUGCUAAAUACCAUUCCCAAAGGAACAACCCAAGUGCUUCUUAGAGGCAACCUCUCUAAGAUUGCCUAUUCUAUAGCUUUUGGUUUAAGCCAAAGAGGCAUCCAGGUAGCGACCAUACAUGAGCACGAGCAUGAGAAGCUUAAAAAGAGGCAUGGCACCAACCAUGGAAGUAAUUUGGUACUUUCAAAAAAUUAUGCCCAGAAGGUAUGGUUAAUUGAAGAUGCAUUAACAGAAGAGGAACAAUUAAAGGCAGCCAAGGGAACACUAUUCAUUCCAUUUUCACAAUUUCCUCCAAAGAAAAUGCGGAAAGACUGCUACUAUCACAAUACACCAGCAAUGGUUGUCCCAACAUCUUUCGAGAACAUGGACUCUUGUGAGAACUGGUUGCCAAGAAGGGUUAUGAGUGCAUGGCGCGUUGCUGGGAUAGUUCAUGCCCUUGAGGGAUGGAAUGCACACGAGUGUGGUGACACUAUCUUCAGCAUUGAUAAGGUUUGGGAAGCUAGUCUUCGACAUGGCUUUCAACCUUUAAUGAUCUCUUCCUAGUAAAUGUUGCGGCAAGAAAGUGUUCAGAUGCAUAUAUCUCCUGUUUAGAACAAAGAAAAAACCAAAAAAAACUGUAUGCUUAUUUAUCUGCAUGGCCUUCAUCUUACAAACCUUUAAAAGGAUAAAACUUUUAUGAUCUUGGCAUUUUAUCACAUGGUUUGAUGUCUACAUUUGUUUUGUUAAAGAAAUAAUCACAAAUAUGUGACUUUUCAAGCAA